CAGAAACAAAACAAAACCAGCUGAUUUAGCAAACAACAGCUUGCUUACAGAUGUAAACAACUGAAAGUUUGCCAAUAAUUAUAAAUGAUUGGACCAUAAAUACCUUAAGAUGCCCGCCCACUGCGCCGUGAUAAAUUGUAGCCAUAAAUAUGUGCACGCUGGCAGCAUUUCAUUUCACAGAUUUCCCUUCAAACGGAAGGAUCUUCUACAGAAAUGGAAGGAAUUUACCCAGAGGAGCGGUCAGUGGAUGCCCUCCAAAUGGAGUGCGCUGUGCAGUCGGCACUUUGUCGAUGAGGACUUCAAUUGCAGCAAUAAUCGGAAAACGCUGAAGAAGAAUGCUGUGCCAUCAAUUAGAGUAUCGGAAGAUGACUCCAUAAAUGGCCACAUGGAACAGGUGGCCCCAAGCAAUAGACCAAUGCACAAGCAAACUCUCUCUAGUGCCGCCGAAUCAGCAGCAACAGGUGUCAAAGCCACUUGCCGCUUUUGUGGUUCCUCGGCCACAAAUUGCUCCUCGUUUGAAAAAAGUUUUGAGCUCUUUGGCAUGAUCCAGAAGUGCUUUCCUACGCUACAGAUUCUUCAGGACGACACCUUGCCCAAGGAAAUAUGCCAGGAGUGCUGCCUGCAACUGGAGCGCUUUUCCCAAUUCAUCGAUGUGGUGAUGUUGGCGCAGAGUGAGUUGCAAAGAAAAUACCGCCGACAACUGAAAAUCAAACAGGAACCCUUGGUUCGUGUGAAACAGGAGGCCUGCGAGAGCUUGGACAAUUUUUUUCCUGAUGAACUGGACAUGGGUUUGGAGCAAGACGACGGCUGCGAUCAGCAAGAAACUGAACAAAAGUUUCAGUUCUGCGAUUUCCCUAUGCUAAAUGCCCAAGACAUUAUCAACAAUUGUGAUAUCAUGGAGAUUAUCAAUCUGGAUGAUCCGUAUAUCAAUAUUCCAGACGAUGCGGAUGUGGGACAGUCGGAGAGACUACAACCUGGAAGAACGGCUAACGAAAUGCUGCAAAACGAACUCCUAACCGAAGAGCACAAUUAUGCGAAGGAGGAGUGGCAACUACCCCUGCAUCAGUACAAAACGGAAAAGGUGGAGGGAGCGGAUGCUGCGCCAGACGCCGCUCCUCCGCCUGCUGAUCCGCCUCCUCUUCAGGAUAAUAUAGGUCCUCCCUCGGCUCCCGAACCGCGCUCAUGCAAGCCCAUUGUGACCAACGUAAGCCAGAUACCUAACCAACUGAUCUGCGAGCUGCUGCCACCGCCUGCUCCUCCCACGUCGAUCAAACCAAACAUUGUGGUACUCAACGAUAGUGUGGUCGAAUCCUCGGCGGCUUUCCGGCUUCACAACUGCACCUUGUGCACUGCCAAAUUUAUAACAAUAGAUAGCUUAAAUCAGCAUUAUGCGCACAGUCACAGUAAUACCACUCCCAUGGUUAGUGUUCCUCCGAUGAAUAUAAGCCUUCCCAGCUUGACCAUGAACCCUCCAAUGAAAAUGGAAAGCAACAGAGGUCCUGUGACCACUGAACAAUCGGAAUACUGGCCGUUGGAGUGGCAUAAUAGUCCUGUAUCCAAGCAACCUAGGAAAAAGAUUGAUAUACUGGACAUGCAGAGUAGCUUCCUGCAUCACAAAGACCUUAUACCGACAGCCACUCAACUGUCAGAACCCGCACCUGAUCCUCAACUGGUUGCAGUGACUGCUAGCUACGCUAAACUGGCUAACAGGUAUCGUAAGUUGCAGCUCAAAUGCAAAAAACUGAAGUCACCAAGGAAGGUGCCCAGAAAAACGUAUGUUUGCCGGAUGUGCAGGAAGGGAUUUUCAAGGCUUAAGAACUUACACCGCCACCGUCGCCAGAAAGCACACUUCGUGAAGUUAAUACCCAAUUUUUCAGGACGCUGUUGUGGUUGUCUAAAGUUCUUCCGAUCCCGCUUGGGUCUUCGCCAGCAUAUGCGGUACAUAUGUCAAUCGUUGUCGCUCAAAAACCAUCGGCGUCUGCAGAGCUUCAAGUGUCGCCACUGCCAGGCCAUCGCCUUUGCCCACUGGCGCCUGUAUCGUCGUCAUGAACUCAAUUGCAGACCCAGAAAAUCCAAAACGAAGGUGCAGACGGCAAUGAAUUCGAAAAAGAAAGUUACGCCCACCCAAGUAUUUGAGUGUAAUAUUUGUAGAAAAUCAUUUGGUUCGCUCAACGGACUCCGCCAGCACAAUAUCACCCACUCGACGGAGCGGCAACACAAGUGCGGCAUCUGUGAGCGGGUCUUCAAGCGACGCAACGGACUGUCUCAACACAUUAAGGGCUACCACCUGCAGCUCAAGCCGCACGAGUGUCCUGUUUGCCAGCAUCGCUACGCCCUGAAAUGCGAUAUGCUGAGGUGCAGGCAUUCCCUCCGAAAAGGUCCAGCUGCCGGGGAGUAACAGGAAGCCCUGGAGAUGACUCACGAUUGGACCAGGAAAUGGUAUUUACUCAAGCAAAUGCUUGAUCUUGGAGAUGAUCUGAAUCUCUAUGUCAGCACUAAAACUAGUCACUCCAUGGGGUACUUAGUUGGUGGUCUUCCAGUAUAGCACGCAAGGUGAUGAAGGGUUCGCAGCGGGAAGGAAAUUGGUGCUAGUCAAGGUUACUUGCAACAAGUAAUGUAAGUUAAUUAAACCAAUGCUUCACUGAGCAGGAACGAGGUUUUGCAAUUCGGAACAACAUUUUUGAAAAGGUUGGAAAAAAAUAAAGGCGAUUUUAAAUAUUUUGUAUUAUA